AUGAGCGGCCGAAGUAGGGGUCGAAAGUCCUCCCGCGCCAAAAGCCGGGGCAAAGGCCGCGCCAAAACCCGAGUCCGCGCUGGUCCUGACGAUGCCCCGCGCCGCCCGGAUCCACCACAGUGCCCGAGGCUCGGGGAAGAUUCCAAGGCGGCACAGGUGCGGGCUGGCGCGGGUUGGGGUGGCCUGGAAACCGCUGCGCCCGCGCUGCCCGCGCCGCCUGCGCCGCCCGCGCCGCCGCUGCGGCCCGGGGACGAGGCUGCCUGCCGGCUCCCCCUGGAUUGUGGCCUCGCCCUCCGGGCCCGUGCCGCCAGCGAGCGUGGGCAGGCCGCGACCAGGCCCGGCCCAGGGAAAACCACAUCUCUCUCAGAGCGUCUGGCAACAGACACUGUGUUCGUGGGAACUGUGGGAACCGUGGGAAGGCCAAAAAAUGUCCCCCGCGUUGGAAAUCGGCGAGGCCCUGCUGGGAAGAAGGCCCCAGACACUUGUAGCGCAGUGGGGCGCGGCCCUCAGGCUGUGGCUGGUGGGAAGCUGAAGAAAGGGCCAGGGGGCGAGUGUACCUCAGGCUCAGCAGGGGAAGAAAGGAAAGUGGAUAAGGAUGCAGGGUCAGUGCCCCCUGUGACGGAAGGCAGCAUGGAUACUCUGGAGACCGUCCAGCUGAAGCUGGAGACCAUGAAUGCCCAGGCAGACAGGGCCUACCUUCGGCUCUCACGCAAGUUUGGCCAGUUGCGAUUGCACCACUUAGAGCGCAGAAACCUCCUCAUCCAGAAUAUUCCAGGCUUCUGGGGGCAAGCUUUUCAGAAUCACCCCCAGCUAUCAUCUUUUCUCAACAACCAAGAUAAAGAGGUACUCACCUACUUGAAUAGCUUGGAGGUGGAAGAGCUUGGCCUCGCCAGAUUGGGCUACAAAAUCAAGUUUUACUUUGGCCGCAACCCCUAUUUCCAAAAUAAGGUGCUCAUCAAGGAAUAUGGGUGUGGUCCUUCCGGUCAGGUGGUGUCUCGUUCUACUCCAAUCCAGUGGCUCCCAGGACAUGAUCUUCAGUCCCUAAGCCAAGGAAACCCAGAAAACAACCGUAGCUUCUUUGGGUGGUUUUCAAACCACAGCUCUAUUGAGUCUGACAAGAUUGUGGAGAUAAUCAAUGAGGAACUGUGGCCCAAUCCUCUGCAAUACUACCUUUUGAGUGAAGGGGCCCGCGGAGAGAAAGGGAAAGAAAAAGAGGGGAGACAAGGUCCAACUAAGCAGCCAGUGGAGACCCCGGAGCCUGGGGUGAACCAGUCCAACUGA